ACGCGGUUAACGUCGUUCGCAUCGAAUCUGCGCAGUAUAUAUAUACGUAUAUACACACACUACGUCAAUAUAUAGCUUACAAUCGACAUUGGCGGACGCGAGAGCAGCUGUCACGCGCGCGUCUUCUUGCUUAUGUAUUAUUACGUCUCUCCGACGCUUCUGUACUUUUUCUGACUCUUUUUUUUGCGUUCGUUCCUUGGUGUGCGUGGGUGCUCGAGGCAAAUAUAUAUAGAUACACUAGUAUACGUGGAAUGAUAUAAACUUCGUCAUCGUCGACUUCGUCAUCUUGUGACUUUGUGUGCUUUUUUGCGAACAGUUCGAUUGCUGACUGUGCGAGUGUUGUUUGUGAUACGAAUAAUACAUUAUAAAUCGAUGAAUGAUAAUUACAUAAUAAUUAAUAAUUAAAAAAAAGUGAUAAGGACGUUAUGCAGCUCGUUAGUGAGCAGUGACUCUGGUUUAUCGGAUUAUAAAAAUCGAAUCGCUCGGCGACAUGCCGAUUUCGCAGGCGAUCGAGCGGAGCAGCAGCACCGGUAGCAGAUAAACGACGCCAGCCUGUGCGUCGAGGAUCGAGGAGGAGGAGACGACAGGGAGUCAGGUGGCCCGAUCGAGGGCCCGCAUUCAUCGAGCAAAGGUCGAAAGCUGGCGACAGCUAAAGCCGCAAUCACGACGUCGUCACCGACGUCGAGCAACCACCAGGAGAGGCCCGAGGAGGCCGAGGAGGAGAGGAUGACGGCGACCGAGCAGCUGAGCGGCGCCGGCUCGCCCCAACAGUUCUGCCUGCGCUGGAACAACUACCAAACGAACCUCACCAACGUGUUCGAUCAGCUGCUGCAGUCGGAGAGCUUCGUCGACGUGACGCUCGCCUGCGACGGCAACUCCGUCAAAGCUCACAAGAUGGUACUGUCGGCCUGCAGCCCGUACUUCCAGACGCUCUUCUGCGACAACCCGUGCCAGCAUCCGAUCGUCAUCAUGAAGGACAUCAAGUGGCCAGAGCUCAAGGCCGCGGUCGAGUUCAUGUACAAGGGCGAGAUCAACGUGUCGCAGGAGCAAAUCGGGCCGCUGCUCAAGGUCGCCGAGACCCUGAAGAUCCGGGGCUUGGCCGACGUCGGCAGCGAGCACGAGCUCGCCAAAUCGGCCGAGGACCAGCUGAGCGUGGCCUCGGUGAGGGCCGCGCGCGAGCAGCAACGCGACCGCAGCAGCAGCGAUCAGCAGCAGCGAAAAAAGCGCCGACACAUGAACUCGCUGGAGCGAUCGCCGAGCAACGGCAGCCCGGAGCUGAGGGCCGCCUCGGAGGAGCGAGACUCGGCCAGCACCGGCGGCCAGGAGAGUCUGCACGGCGGCCUCGGGGGGCCCGGCUCGGCCUCGACGCCUCGCUCCCUCGGUUCGCCCAGCGUGCCCAGCAUCUCCGUGACGCCCCAGAUCAACCUGCACGAGCUGCCGGGCAGUCUGGCCCUGAGCCUGCAGUCGGGCUCGUCGACGCCCCACGGCAUGUCCUCGUCCACCUCGGCGCAGUCGCAGGCGGCGGCCGCCUCGCUGCUCGUCGGUCAUCACGUGGCGCCCGGUGUGGCAGCCGCCGCUGCGGCCGCGGCAGCUGCUGCCGCCGCAGCCGGUCACGUGACCCCGGCUAGCACGCCGGUGAACCACCUCAACGCCCACGUGGUGGCCCAGCAACUGUCGGCUGCCCAGCAGCAGCACCGCCAGCAGGAGCAGCAGCAGCAACAGCAGCAGCAGCACCAUCGGGGCCAGCAGCAGCAACAGCCGACCUCGCAGGAGCCGCAUCAUCAUCAGUCGUUAGUGCAUCAUCAUCAUCAUCAGCAGCCGCAGCAGCAUCACCCGAGUAUCGGUGACGAUCUCGAGAUCAAGCCUGGCAUCGCAGAAAUGAUACGCGAGGAAGAAAGGGCCAAGUUGCUGGAAUCGUCCCACGCCUGGCUCGGAGCAUCUACCUCUAGUAUAGCAGACAGUUACCAGUACCAGUUGCAGUCGAUGUGGCAAAAGUGCUGGAAUACCAAUCAAAGUCUCGUGCACAAUCUGCGCUUUCGCGAGCGAGGCCCGCUCAAGUCCUGGCGCCCGGAAACGAUGGCCGAGGCAAUUUUCAGCGUGCUGAAGGAGGGACUCUCGCUCAGCCAGGCGGCCAGGAAAUACGAUAUUCCAUACCCGACGUUCGUACUUUAUGCGAAUCGAGUUCACAACAUGCUCGGGCCAAGCGCUGAUGGUGGAGCGGAUUGUAUGAUUGCAGACCUACGGCCAAAAGGUCGAGGUAGGCCACAGAGGAUUUUGCUCGGCAUCUGGCCGGACGAGCACAUCCGCGGCGUGAUUCGCGCGGUGGUCUUCCGCGACGGCCACUCGCCCCAUCACAUGGUCAAGGAGGAGCAGCAGCCCAUGUAUCCGGCGGCGCUUGCGAAUUACGCCGGCGCCUGCAACGGACCCGAGGGAGCGGUUAGUCCCUCGGCAGCCGCCGCCGCGGUCGCAGCCGUCGCUCAAGGUUUGAGACAUCAGAUGUGCAGUAUGGUGGCUGCGGCCCACUCUCAGCACGACAUACUCUCGGCGACGAAUCUCUCGACGAGUCUGUCGUCGAACCUCCAGGCGGCCAUGCAGCAGGCCAGUCAGCAGCAAGCGGCGGUAGCUCAACAGCAUCAAGCGGCCCAAGUGGCCCAGCAGCAGGCCGCCCAACAGCACCAGCUUCACCAGCAACUACAGCAGCAGCAGCAACAGCAGCAACAGCAACAACAGCAACAACAGCAACAACAACAGCAGCAACAGUCGCAGUCUCAAUCGCACCAUCACCUGCAUCACAACAACAGCGGCAAUUCGGCUUUGGGAAGCGGAAGUAUGUUGCCACCGAGUGCGACACCGACCCCCGCGUCUCACGGUAAUUCGCCAUUGAAUCUCGGUCUGGGCAGUCCUGGCUCGGGUGGACCUCCGGAAUCGCCACUCGAGUCGCCUCUGGCGUCGCCGCUGGGCGCCCUGAUGGAGGGAGCCGCGGCCCACCUGACGUCGAGCGUCGAGGUAGGCAUCGGCGUCAGCGGCAUGGCAGCCGCAUACAAACCGUCGUCGCGCAGCUUCGUCAGUCCGCGACCCGAGCCGCUUUUCCAGGAGGAUCUGUCGGAGCUUGUGAAAAGCUCGCACGCGGCCCUCAAGGAGAAGGACAAGAUCGCCGUCAAACUCGAGCCCCUGGCCGAUUCUCGGUGCGAAUAGUAGGCAAGGUACGGUGGAGUUGCAAGUCUGCAACAACAGCAGCAACAGCAAGAGCAGCAACUCCACCAAUUGCAGCAGCAGCAGCAGCAGCAGUCGAUGCAACAACAACAACAGCAGCAGCAGCAGCAGCAGCUUCUUCCAGGCAAUUCAGCACAGAUGCCGCACUCUAGCCACGACGGUCUCGACUAUCGAAAGCUCACCUUGCCCGAGCGUCUCUUCAACAUUUAAGAAAAGUCAGAGUCGUGCAAUCCAGAACCUAACGUAAGAUGGAACUUCUCGUUUAUUUUAUGUCGCAAGCCGCUCGAGCGUCUGCGUCUCUGUACAUAGUAAUAAAUAUUUAAUUACGUGUAGUCGAUUUGUAUGUGAUGUAAUAAUGAAAAUAGCCUGUAAGAGCUAUAGUAUAGAUGUAUACAUAAACGCGCCUAGGGUACGAAGAAAAGAGAGAAGAGGCUUCAGCAAUCAAAAAAACAAGUGACAGAGAUGAAACUGAUCCACAUUUAAUUUAUAUUAUAUUAUUAUUAUGUGAACAAGGAAAUAACGAUACUGAUGAUAAAGUACGUAUAUACAUAUGAUAAUUAUAAACGAUACUGGAUCGCGGCGAUGCAUGUGUAGCAGUCGAGUGUGCGCGCGGACUCCUUCCUUUUAAUCGAAAAAGCGGCCUCGGUGAUUCACGCCGGGUCUGCAAUGCGAUAUUAAUUAUAUAUUUCCAAUUAAAUUUAUAUCAUAUUUACGAUAGGUAUCUCGUAGAAAAAAUAAAUGUAGUGACAUACACACCACCCACACUCAAAUGAAAAAAAAGUAAAAGUAAGUCCCUUCAUUUUCUCGGGUAUCAACGUGUAUACGUGUCGAGCUACAUAGCUACGUUUAUUAAAUUAUACGAUUUAAAUGCCGCACUAUUAUCGUAUUUAUCGUAUGUACGCGUGUGCAUACUCAAAAAAAUCGAAUGAGCAGAUGAACGAUGAAUGAGUUGCGUCUCUUCUCAUAGUAAAAAUAUAUAUAUGAAAUUAAUAUUAGUGUGGGGGGAUACGUAAUUGUACGUGAAACUUUUGAUUUUGUAACUGGUAAGAAAAAAAUAAAAAAAAUAAAACAGUGGCGGGACGUUCAACAAGUGCAAGUACUAUAUUACAAUUAUACAUAUUAUAAAUAAAACAAAAACAUAUAAAUAUUGAAAAUAUUAUAUAAAUAUAUUAUAUACAUAUUACAAAAUAUAUAUAUUAUUUAUACGUAAACGCAUAGGCAAUUACCAUAUACGUUAUAAAGCCAAAUGUAUAUUAGUCGGUAAGGGGUCGCAAGCAUAAAAUACGUUCAAACACGUAGAAACGAGUGUGAACGCGCGAUCGUUCCGUUAAAGAAAAAUAAAUCUUAUUUCUGUGGACAUACGACGGCAACGCACUCGUUAACGAUCUAGCAGUCGAAUUACACAUACUUUGUAGAAAUACGUGAAAGACGCGAGCCAACAUUUACACAUUCAUGGAUCACACAUUCAUCAUAAUAGACCCGAAAAUUCAAUAAGCCAGAUAGAGCAGCGUCAUUUUUCCACAGCUUGACGGAACGGUAUCUUUAUACGAUGGUGCAAUAUAAUAUAAUAUUAUAUAGUAAUCUCGGAAAUGACACGUAUGUUACAGAACUCAUCGAGUCGCUCUCUUUUCUUAGCAUGAAAAAAACAUAAUAUCGCAUGAACAAUUUGCAAACGAUAUCUCAAUAUACAUAAAUACAUAGUUCUCUCAUUUCUCAUCAGAUCUCAAUUAAUAAAAAAUAAAAAUACAUGUAUACAUGCCGGAUUCGACAACAUUCCUUCUUCGAAUAGUCUUUUUCGCUCCCUAAAGUUACUUUUCCGCGAUGUAACAUAAUUUACUUAUGCUUGCGAGGGAUGGCGAGCAAAUAUGUAUGAAACAAUUUCAUCUGGCAUGAUCAACAAGCGAAGUUAUUGCUCUUUCAUAAACAUGAGUAUACGGGGUGAUUGUGACCAAAAGUAGAUUUUAAAUAAUUAUCGUAACUCGAUAUGCUCCAUGAAAGCUUAUUUUUGUGAAUUUAUAAAUUAAAAAAAAGAUCGAAUCAUACAUAAAAGUGAAAAUUACACGAAAUUGUUUCUUAAGGGCAAGUCGAAAAAAGAUUAUCGCGUGUACGAACUUUUUGAAAUGAUACUGCGAAAAAUAAAUUUUUCUUGUGCAUGUGAGCAGUGAUAGGAAGAAUAUUAAGCAAACACGUUAUUAAGUAUUGCCUUCCUGCCAUAUUUGGGGUAUGCCAAGUAUAAAAAUUAUAAGGUUUAGGAAUAACUAAAAAAUAUUAAAAUUAAAGCCUGUGUGCAAAUGAGUUACAGCAUGAAUGUGAUAAUCGAGUAGGUAGAUUUUUGAGACACAAUCCAAGUAGGAAUAGGUAAACUUCAUGAAAGUUCGAAUGUAAAAAAAGACACAAGAGGCGACGAGCAUGGAGGUGCUUCUUUUUUGGCAGAGUCAAACUAUUUUUCAAAAUUUAGUAAAUAAAAACCGCGUGGCUUUGAGAAACAAAAAAUGCACAGUGAUAACAAAAUUUUCGGUUUAGAACUUUAUGAUUAAAAAAACACACGAGGCCUUCGCCAGCUCAGAAAACAAAAAAUUAAAAAAAUUCAGUAAACAAAACUACUUAAAAUCGCAUUUACGAGUUUAGAUCAUUGAUAAGCUUUGUAAUUGUGAAACGGAGAAUCCAAAAUGAAAACAUUCGAAGUGGCCUUCGUGAGUGUCGCAAAAGCUAAAAGCCCUUAAAAAUGUGUAUAGUCGUCGCGUUUUACGAGAUUUUUUUUCCAAACGAUACAUGUUCUCCAUGUUUUUCGGAACUUUGCAAAAUACAUGAUAAUUAGAAAAUCGUGAUUACAUUUUUGAAUAACUAAUACAAGGCGCUGGCUGAAAAAGGAUGCAUUUUAUGAUUCUGAAAAAGUAUUACGAUUAUUAACUUUCUUGAACUAUACAAAUAAUAUUCUUGAUACAACACAUUUUGCACGUCAAAAUUUGAACCUUAUUACAAGUAUUCGCAAUUGAGUUAUCGACAGAGAAAUCAAUUCUAGUCAAAUCUUUCGUGUUUAGGAGCGAAAUUUUUUAAUUAAAUUGUAUUUCAUUUGUAUACUUAUUCUAUUAUCUUCCGAAAAAUUUAUAAAAAAAUGUCAAUGGUCUUGGCUUGAAAAGUAUUUAGAAUAAAAAGUGAGAUUCUGGGACUGUCUUUGGAAAUAUUUUAAAAAUGUACAGCUAUACUUGAUAAAAAGAAAAACUAGCUAUUUUUACUUUUAAAAAUAUUCGAGUUGCUAAAAUGUAUCUAAUCUCAAAAAAAAAGGAUACGAUAUAAAGUUUAGGCAUAAUAUGUGUUCAAAAACAAAAUGUUAUAAAAAAACCAAAUCUAAAGUGAGUUUAAAAUGUUUGUAGCGGUUAGCAAGUCAUAGUGUGUAUCUAAAUUAGAAAAAAAUGAACUGUUUCGUCUUAAAGGAAAGCGAUGAACUGUAUAAAAAAAUGACGUGAAAAAGUAGAAAGUGCCUUCCUACCAAAAAAAACUAAGAAAAGAGUCUCGUAGAUCGUGACCACUUGUAAAAUGAUGGAAGUCAAAAUUUUUACAUUAGUGUGUGCUGUUGUGAUCAUUUGCAAUCGCGUUGGAUUUACGCGAAUUUUAAAAUUUUUCAAAUAUUCAGUGAAUCCGUGAAACGGAAGAAUAUUAAAUGUCAUUGCAAAGUAUCGAUUGAAUGAAACGUGUAUGAAUGCUGUACUGAAUAACAAUAGUCAAAAUGACAAAAUUUCAUUUUUGGACAAAAACUCACAUCGGUACUACCCUAAAUGGCAUGUCUUUUUUAAACGAUUUUCGACUUAUUUUCCGUUAACUUCUUGUAUAGUAAAAAAUAUUAAAUAAGCGAUAAAGAAAAAAUGUAGCAGGAAGAACGAGGUAAAAAUUUGAAGAAAAUA